UACACCCAACCCUCUUAUCGCCCGCGCCCUCGAAUCGCAGUAUCUCGCCCAUUCGACGGGGCACACAGAACCCGCAUAGCGCAACAGAGUUCAACCCGCCUCCAAAGCGCACAUCAGAUUGCCUCCCACAAUGUCGUGGCAACCUGAGGACCAGACAUUACAGCAGCUGGCGCAGUGCCUGAAGGACUCACUCGGUCCCGAUGUGACUGCACGCAAGAAUGCCGAAAUCAUGCUGCGGACAGCCCGUGCUUCGCCUGAUUUCGACAAGUAUCUAGCAUAUUUAUUCUCACGCAACCAGCCUCCGUCAGGCGUUGAUAUGGAUGCCACCCUGUACCUCCAGGCCCGUGCAUCUGCAGCGAUUAUGCUGAAGAACGAUGUCAAAGCAUCAUUGAAAACCAUGGAUGAGACUACCAAGAGCUACAUAAAGGAGAUCAUCAUGGUGGGGCUGCAAGACUCGAACAAACAGAUGCGUCUGUACGCCGGCAAUGUCAUCACUGAGGUCGUGCGCCAGGGCGGCAUUAUGGGCUGGCCUCAAAUCCUUUCAGACCUGAUCAAUAUCAUCAGCAACUCAAAUGGAAAUGUCUCCGUCCAGGCGCAAGAAGGCGGUAUGAGCGCUUUGUUGAAGAUCUGCGAAGAUCACCGAAGAGCGCUAGACAAGGAGUAUCAAGGCCAGCGGCCGUUGAGCUUCGUCUUCCCCAAGCUAUUGGAGCUCACCACGAGCCCAAUCCCCCGAGUGCGCGCUGAUGCGAUAGCGGCGAUCAACAUUUUUAUCCCAGACAAACUCCAGGUCGUUCUCUCCAACAUCGACCCCUUGAUGCAACAACUGUUCUCCAUCGCAAGCGAUUCCAGCGAGGAUGUCAGGAAACAAGUCUGUCGCGCUUUUGUGCAUGUCGCAGACAUUGCACCCGAGAAAAUGUUGCCCCACAUGAGUGGACUGGUCGACUAUAUGGUAACACAACAGCGUAGCAAAGAUGAUGAGGAGCUGGCUUUGGACGCCGCUGAGUUCUGGCUCUGUGUCGCGGAGGAUGAGAGAAUGCGCGACCAUCUUGGUCCUUAUCUGGCCAAGAUCGUGCCUGUACUCUUGGAGAGCAUGAUUUAUAGUGAGGACGAUGUCUUGCGUCUCGAGGGUGAAGAGGAGGAUUACAACGUCGAUGAUCGAGAACAGGACAUCCGUCCAAGUUUUGCGUCGAGCAAGUCAGGGCGGAUGACGACCAACGCCAACGGCGAGGCCGUCCCCACCAAUGGCCAACCCACGGACACAGGCGACGAUGACCUCAGCGAUGGUGAGAUAGAAGAUUUCGAUGACGACGAUUCGUUUGGAGACCCAGAGGAUGCGUGGAAUCUGCGAAAAUGCUCUGCCGCAGCGUUAGAUGUGCUUGCUGGAGUUUUCCACGAGGCUGUUUUUGAGGCUACGUUGCCGUAUCUCACAAGCAACCUCAAUCAUGCUGAGUGGCCCAACAGAGAGUCUGCAGUCCUUGCUCUCGGUGCUAUCGCCGACGGCUGUAUGCACGUGGUGCAACCCCACUUGCCCAUGCUGACACCCUAUCUCAUUACGCUUCUGCAAGAUCCAAAGCCUGUCGUCCGGAAGAUCACAUGUUGGACUCUCGGGCGGUACUCUGGAUGGGCAGCACGCCUCGAUCAAGCCGGAAAGCAGCAGUACUUCGAGCCUGUCAUGGACGGCAUUUUGAAGAAGAUGCUUGACAGCAACAAGGGUGUGCAAGAAGCUGCUGCAUCAGCUUUCGCUCACCUCGAAGAGAAAGCCAACACUCAACUUGCUGAAUACUGCCCUGUUAUUGUCCGACAGUUCAUCCAGUGUUUUGCCAUGUACAAGGACAAGAAUAUGUACAUCCUAUACGACUGUGUUCAGACACUUGCCGAACACGUUGGGCCGGCACUUGCACAAGACGACCUCGUCGCCAUGCUCAUGCCGGCACUUCUUCAACGCUGGAGUAAGGUCUCAGAUCACUCAAGAGAGGUCAUACCUCUGCUCGAAUGUCUCUCAUACGUUGCGACUGCGCUUGACCACAAGUUCUCCCAAUAUGCAGGCGGGAUCUUUGCGAGAUGUAUCGGCAUCAUUCACCGAAAUCUCCAGGAAAGUCAGAUGGCUACCGAGAACCCGAAUCUCGAGGAACCUGACAAGGACUUCCUCAUCACUGCCGUGGACCUUCUGAGCGCAAUGAUUCAAGCUUUGCCCGCGCAGGAUAGCGCUCAAUUGGUUGCAGGAUCUCCCAACUUCUUCCAGCUCCUAGCCAUUUGCAUGAGCGACUCGAACAAUGAUGUAAGACAAUCAGCCUAUGCUUUGCUUGGCGAUUGUGCUAUCUGCGUUUUUGAGCAGCUGCAGCCUUGCCUGCCUGCUAUUCUGGAGAUUCUCAUCGUCCAGCUUGAGGUAUCUCCCGCUCAUAUCGGUCACGAUGAGUCCGGAUACUCGGUCAUUAACAAUGCUUGCUGGUCGGUUGGAGAGAUUGCGAUGCAGCAGAAAGAAGGGAUGCAGCCGUACGCCGAGAGAUUGCUUCAGAAGAUCGGGACAAUUCUUUUUGACAACAAGGUGCCUGAAUCGCUCAACGAGAAUGCUGCGAUUGCACUCGGCCGACUAGGGAUAGGCUGCGCUCAGUACCUCUCAGUGCAUCUUGCACAGAUUGCGCCGGCUUUCUUGCGAGCCAUCAGCAAGGUCACCUGGAACGACGAGAAGGGUCAUGCCCUCACGGGGUUUAUGCAGAUUGUCUUGGCGAAUCCCGGUGCUAUGGAGCAGUCUCUUCUUGAGUUCUUCAGUCUGAUGGCCUCCGCUGACCGGAACUUUGUAACGGGACCAUCGCGCCAGCAGUGCCGCGAGACCUUCAAGCAGAUCAUCCAACAGUACAAGACUAUGAUCUCUGAUUUUGACAGCUUCCUCAAUGGUCUUCCUGGCGAUCAGCAAGCCACCUUCCGCGAGCUGUACAGCGCCUAGUCCAGGGCAUGUACAUUUCCAUCAACUUAGCAGGUCCUCUUCUCGACUACACAGUCGAACAGAUGUACACUGUAUUACUCCAUAUGUGAGCCGGCGUUGGAUCAAUGAUUCAUAGUUAGAGGAAGAGAAGGAUACCAAUAUCAGGGCAACUGGGCGGAACUAGUACUGCAAGUAGUGCAAGCAGGAGAAACGAGCAAUGAGAAUUUACGAAUGAUAACGGGAGGGUCCGGCAUCCAUAGACAUUUCCAGCGACGUUUUGCUACAU